AUGGAGAGCGCUGGCAGCUCUCCGGCCUCGUCGAAUGCCCAUGAGGGCAGCAUAAGUCACGACUACGAUAUGGAGUCAGCAAAUGCGACGCCCAACUCGCUCUUCACUGGUACUGCUGAGAGCGACAUGCCACAUGACUCGACUCCUGCAUCCCCAAGGCAUGUCGUAUCGUUGCCUGCUCGCUCGUCUGCACCGCCCACUCAACGUGCUUUGCCCCACCGCGACGUGUCAGAAGAGAACAUAGUCGACGCAUAUGCCGCCUUCAUUCUGUACUGUAAUCCGUAUUUCCCGCUGGACAUCGAUACUUCUGAUUUGAGGCGCAUCUUCCAAACGCCACCUCGUAGCGAUGGCAAAGAUUUCAGUAUAUUCACAUUGUGGGGACUUGUACAAAGAUUUGACAGCAAGGAGAUCAAAACAUGGACGCAACUAGCCCUAGAGCUGGGUGUCGAGCCUCCAUCAGCAGAGAGAGGUGGUAGUGUUCAAAAGGUACAGCAGUACUCUGUCAGGUUGAAGGUCCGUGUUAUAAAUUUCUUAGUGUCCGAGUAUUCCACCCCAACUCACACUCGUUCUAGNCGCUGGAUGCGUGCAAUGCAUGUCGACGCCUUUUUCGAGUAUCUGCUCGGUAAGAAGCAUACUUACUACCUGGACUUGCCUCCACCUCAUGACCCUCACCCGUCUAGAGGUCGAGAUGGCGUGCCAGCUGACGAAGAUCUUGCCAUCAGAGCAUUGGAUCCUUCCUUUCGUCCCAAGAGGGGUCGCAAGAGGAACGAGACGCCUGAGAAAGAUCCGGCUCCUCCAAAGAAGCCGCUACUGACGACAUCUUUCUCUUAUGAAGGCAGAGUACUCUAUGCUCAGCCACAGGCAUCUUAUACCGCAUCUGCUAUCCCAUUGAGCGCCAGACCUGUAGAAAACUUUGCCAACGACCUGUGGACACCUAUGAAUGCGACAUCAAGGCGACCAAUUCCACAUUCUGCGAUAGCUGCCCGACCGCCGCAACAUCUCCAAUGGCAGGUUGGAGGAUCCAAUGACCCGGCUUCAACUCCUCAUCCUAUGUCAGCCCUCGAGCCCAGAGCACCAGGUCUGCCGGCAUACGACGAGCCGAUGUCGGCCAUCACUCCAGGAGCUUCUCGUGGUCGCUCACGUAGGAAGCAUGGUCCUGCAGUGUCCUCUGCUUGGACGAACGCCACCACGACAAACGCCAGAGCUCGAGGCAGGCCUCCAGGUAAUCGAUCAGUUCAAGACGGCCCGUACACCACAUUUCCAGCGGAUCCGAACGCUGAGAGGUCGGCGUCGAGAAGCACUCUAGCUGUAUCCUUGAUGCCUUACGAUACCGAAUCGCAUCUGCUGCGUCCCAAUGCCUACACGAAACCUCUGCACAAACCCGUGUUCAUGAUGUCCAAACCGGUUGACGAUGAUGCCCCGCCACGUCGACUCGAGCGUGGACGUUUAUCUUUGCAAGUGCCCGAGAACACUGGUCGACCAAUCCAACCUGCCACGCCAUCAGUGCUUACGAACGAAGACUUCGAUCAAGCAUCAGAAGAUCUCAUGCCCAUGGACACCGAGCCUGCAGCCUCUGUCUGGCCGGAACCACAAACUCGGCCUGCUUCACAGACACCCGCCACACGCCGGAACCAGAACCCCGAGCCUGAAGUGGGCCUUGCAUACGAGGCUCUCAAGCGAGUCCUCGCUGCCGACCUCCUCCGUGCAGACUUCUCUGGCAGAUCAACCAGAUUGUUGGGGCCAGAAGCAAUGCGCUUGUCCGACGCGAUCCUCCAACGUUUCGGCAUACCAAAGGCAGAUUCUGAUGAUAAGAGAGACGAUGCUCUUCGUAUCGCGGCGACGAGCUGGCUUGGUGUGUCACGACAACUUGGAUUCCAAUCUGCGACUCCAUGCAAAGAGAAGGAAAUCGUGGUGCAGAGAUUCGCAAUACGGGACAACGGCCUUGAAGAACGCAUCGGCCCAGACGAACAUGCAAACAGAGUCAAAGAAAAGUUUGACAUCAGUUGGUCUGCUGGGUUUGGUGGAGUAGGUGGAAAGUUCUGUGCUGUCGGCCUCGAGAUUGAACAGGCAGCGGUGGAUCCGGAUAAUGCAGAAGACCGAGCGCACGAGAUGAUCAAGGAGGUCGCCAACAUGAAGGAGUCUGAGAUUGACUACAAGCAAAAGUACAUGGCGCUGGAUUUCACGGUCAGGCUCAUGAAGGGACAAUUGAACAGAUUGCAAGACAAAGUGCUGGACGCUUUGUUGUGA